GAAGCUGACCGCAGUUUCUUUCUCCUUUCCGUCCCCCCUUCUUGUGUAAGUUAUCUGAAGACAUCGUUCUCUGUAAUUCCGGCCUUGCAGACAUGUUCUUUGCUCCCUGCUGUACUCUCAUCAUGUGUUCUUGGUCACUUUAGUUUAGGGACAUGACUCUCUUCGGAUUAUUAGGGGGAUUUGAGUGUUUCUUUGACUGAGAGCUCAGCUUCGUUAUUUUAACAAAUUUUACUAUUACAGAGGAUGUCUUGAUCUUUUCCCGGUAUUCAUCUCUAGUGGAUGUCAGAUGCACUUUUGAAGUGGGUGCCGUGGGUCCGUCGGCUCUAGAUAUUUUCUGGUGUUUGUCUUGGUGUAAAAUAAAUUAUACAGACACGAUUAGAUAUUUUGAGCCACUUGUAUGUAUCUAGUUUGACUUUGAUGUCACCAGUCACACUCUUAGGUUGGAUAAUAUUUUUUGGAAAAGAACAUGAGUAUUGGGCAGAUACUAUUAAUCCAAAGCCAAUAGAUUUUUGAGGGAACCCUUCACCACCAAAGGGAAAUUUGAGGACGCAAUGGCAGACCAGUUAGGGUGUUACACUAUGAGAUCCCAUGGAAUGGUACUGGCAAGAUUACACAUGUAUGACUGGAUAAUACUUCUCCUCCUUGCUGUCAUAGACGGACUGCUGAAUUUAAUUGAACCUUUUCACCGUUUUGUUGGGAAAGACAUGAUGACUGACCUGAGAUAUCCUUUGAAAGGCAAUACAGUGCCCUUUUGGGCUGUUCCAAUAUUUGGAAUUAUACUACCUUGGGCCAUCUUUUUUGGAAUUUACUUCAAAAAGAAGAAUUUUUAUGAUUUGCACCAUGGCAUACUGGGGAUUCUAUACUCAGUACUUAUAACUGCAGUGAUUACUGAUGCAAUUAAGGAUGGUGUGGGGCGCCCACGUCCAGAUUUUUUCUGGCGCUGUUUUCCUGAUGGAAAAGAUGUUUAUGAUAACAUCACUACUGGUGUUAUAUGCCAUGGAGAGAAGAGUGUAAUCAAGGAAGGUCACAAAAGCUUCCCAAGUGGACACAGUUCAUGGUCUUUUGCUGGUCUAGGCUUCCUUGCAUGGUACUUAGCUGGGAAAAUCACAGCUUUUGAUCGCAGAGGACAUGUUGCGAAGCUAUGCAUAGUGUUUCUGCCUCUUCUUACUGCUGCUCUUGUGGCUGUUUCUCGAGUGGAUGAUUACUGGCAUCACUGGCAAGAUGUAUUUGCUGGCUCUCUUAUAGGUCUUACAGUUGCCUCGUUUUGUUAUCUGCAAUUUUUCCCAUAUCCUUUUGAUGCCGAUGCUUUCUGGCCUCAUGCAUACACGGUCCAGCUAGCUGAAGAACGCAACAGCAGAAAUGCAAACUCCUACAGUGUGCGACCAACCGAGAUCGAAACAGUCAAUAUUCCCGGCCAGGGUGGAAUCACCUUAAGGGACACUCUCAACGACGUGGAGUCUGGAAGCAGAUCGUGAGUUCCAAGUCUGAGUGGAGAUGUCUUGAAUACCCUGACUUCCAACUCUUCGAGAUUUGUCUGCAUGAGAAGCUGUGUGGGAGCUGCUUAAAUGUACACAGGUAGAUCUAUUUUAGAGCUGAUGAAUGCUGCCUCUGUAUCAAUCUUCUAGGUCUGCGGUUUGUUUUUUUGUUUAUUUACUGGAUAGCUGGUUUCUUAAGGCCUCGGUGUAAAAAUUACCUGGUAGGGGUGUUCUUACUUUCUGACGAGCUUUCGUUUUUGUUCAUACUACGGUGUGAGCCUCGUGUUGGGUUUAAAGUUCGUUGGUGUACACUCUUUGUACUGAUGCUUUAUCGCCGCGUUCAGGGUAUGUGAUCAGAUGUGCAGGAAGAGGAUA